CCCGGUUGUCCGUCCUGUCCCCACGACCGGGAGCGUCGUGAGUUCCCGGAGGAAGAGACGAGCGGCGUCAGGUGCCUCGCACACAGUACCUGGGAGAGAGGAAGGUGGGGAGCCAUCGGUGCCUGCUACAGACUACGCCGUUCGGACGCGAUCAGACCUCGAAGUGCCGCUCCGGUACCGGCCCCUAGGGGCGCAUUUCUUGACUCUACAGCGGACCGAUUCAGAUCAGCAUCCGAAUCCCUGCACACCCCCACCGAAAUGGCUGCCUUUGGACACACACUGCCCUUCUACACUGGCCCCAAGCCAACCUUUUCCAUGGACACUACUUUGGCUGUUAUCAUCACCAUCUUCCUGACUGCCCUGGUUACCUUCAUCAUCAUCCUGCCCGGCAUCCGUGGGAAGACGAGACUGUUCUGGCUGCUUCGGGUGGUGACCAGCUUGUUCAUCGGGGCUGUGAUCCUAGCUGUGAAUUUCAGUUCUGAGUGGUCUGUGGGCCGAGUCCACACCAACACGACCUACAAAGCGUUCAGUCCCACGUGGGUCAGCGUGGACGUGGGGCUGCAGAUUGGGCUCGGAGGGGUCAACAUCACGCUCACAGGGACCCCAGUGCAGCAGCUGAAUGAAACCAUCGACUACAACGAGGCGUUCAUGUGGCGCCUGGGGGAGAGCUACGCAGACGAGUACACAAAGGCGCUGGAGAAGGGCCUUCCAGACCCCGUGCUGUACCUGGCAGAGAAGUUCACCCCUCGAAGCCCAUGCGGCCUGUACGACCAGUACCGCCUGGCGGGACACUACGCCUCAGCCAUGCUGUGGGUGGCUUUCCUCUGCUGGCUGCUGGCCAAUGUGUUGCUGUCCAUGCCUGUACUGGUUUAUGGUGGCCACAUGCUGCUGGCCACCGGCCUCUUCCAGCUGAUGGCACUGUUGUUCUUCUCCAUGACCACAUCACUCCUAGCCCCCUGUCCCCUGCGGCUGGGCACUGCUGUGCUGUCCACUCACCGUGGGCCUGCUUUCUGGAUCACGUUGGCCACAGGACUGCUGUGUAUUCUGCUCGGCCUGGUGAUGGCGGUGGCCCACAGGAUGCAACCUCACAGACUGAAGGCUUUCUUCAACCAGAGUUCAGAGGACCCAGUGAUGGAGUGGGGUUCUGAGGAAGGGGGAUUCUUGAGCCCCCGCUACCGGUCCAUGGCAGAGAGUCCCGAGACCCAGGACAUUCCCAUGUCAGAGGCUUCCUCUGAGACAUGUUUUAAGGAAGAGCACCUCAAAGAGUCAGACUGUACCCUGUAGUACUCCCCCGCUGGUGGCCACACCUGAGUUUUCAGACUGGCUCCAGGGACUGGUUCCAGACUUCGCUGAAGCUCUCAUAAGACCAGAGCUGCCCUGGAAGUGGGUUUUGGGGUUGUAUCAGAUGCCCGGCUCCAACUUGCAGAUGUAACGGAAUAAGGAGACACAACCUACUAAUGCAAAAUAAAAUAAAUAAAGGAGCAAAAGUCCCAGGGUUCUGAAGAGGUGUCGGGCAUGCCCAUAAACUCUGCC